UGCGAAUCCAUAUAGGAAUAAAAUUUGCUGCAUUAAUAGCUGAUAGUAAGUGGGUGCUAGUGUUUGUGUUGUGUGACAAAAGAAGGACUAAGGCAGGAAAAUCAUGGAGGUGGGUCAGAUGCAGAGACAGUGGAUAGACUACACCAGAUCAUUAUUCAUUGAGGGGUUCUUGGAUGCGCAAUUCCUUCAACUUGAGCAGCUACAAGAUGACAACAAUCCUGACUUUGUUGUUGAAGUUGUUUCUCUCUUCUUUCAAGAUUCUCACAAGCUUCUCAAUGAUCUCACCGUUGCUCUAGAUCAGAAAAGUGUUGACUUCAAAAUGGUUGAUGCUCAUGUUCAUCAGUUAAAAGGGAGUAGCUCAAGCAUUGGCGCUCAAAGGGUUAAAAAUUGUUGCAUUGCUUUUCGCAACUUGUGUGAGGAACAGAAUAUAGAUGGGUGCCUGAAAUGUCUGCACCAAGUUAAGCAAGAGUGCUGCCUUGUCAAAAAUAAGCUUGAAACACUCUUCAGGCUUGAGCAACAGAUUAUGGCAGCCGGAGGAUCGAUCCCUUUGAUGGAACUUAGUUUCUGACUGAUCCAAUUUGUAAAAAUAGAAGCUUGUAAGAGUGUUUUGGAGUCGUCUUCUCCUUGGUUGAAGUUUUUCUCUUUUAUGCUGUGAUGAAUGUGUGGAUUCUCAUGUAUUGAGAACAAGGAAGUUUGAAGUUUCCAUCUUCUGUACCUUAUUUAAGAAACAGAACAACUAGUGUAAUUUGUCAUUUUUUUGCAUGGUUUAACAAAGUCUAAUUAGAUAGCAA